CUCGCCGCCGCCUCUCAGUGCGGAGGGUGACCUUGGCGGAGCUUUGGGUCGUGUCGGUACUGGCGGCCGGGCCGGCACAGUGCGAGCCCGGCCGGCGACGCCAUGGCACCGCGCGACGGCGCGCUGACCAGCCAGUUCGGCAGGUACACGGGCGGCCGGCGCCGCUGGAUCUGGGACAAGUCCGGCGUCGCCUGGUUGGAGGACAAGAGGAAGAUCGAUGGCGCCGCUGGCCUAUGGCGCGUGCACGAUGAGCUGUACGACCUGAGCGAGUUUGCCGAGCGCCACCCGGGCGGCCGCUUCUGGCUGGACAUCACCCGCGGCCAGGACAUCACUGAGCUGUUCGAGGCCAGCCACUGCCUGGCCACCGGCCGGCCCGAGCAGCAGCUGGCCCGCUGCCGCGUCCGCGCCGCCACACAGCCGCGCAACGCGCCCUACACGUUCCAGGCCGAUGGCUUCUACCGGACGCUGAAGCGGCGCGCGGCGCCCGUGCUGCGGCGCGUGGGCACCGGCGCCGGCGCCGCCACCCGGCUGGUGGCCGACGGCGGCCUGCUGCUCUUCCUGGUCACCGGCGUGGCGUCCGCGGUGCUGCACUCGAGACUGGCGGCGGCCGCCUCGGGCGUGGUGCUGGCGCUGCUGCUCGGCGUCGGCCACAACUUCCUGCACCAGCGCGACAACUGGCGCAUGUACCUGCUCGACGUGCCGCUGCUGUCGUCGGCCGAGUUCCGCGUGUCGCACGCCCUCAGCCACCACAUGUUCCCCAACACGGCCAUGGACCUCGAGGUCACCUUGCUGGAGCCGGUCAUAUUCUUUUUGACGCACGCCAAGCGUCGCCGCGGGCUGGCGGACGCCGUCGUGUACCACUUAACUCUGCUGAUCAGCUUCUUCAUCGAGGGUAUGAAGCGCGCGCUGCGCUGGAUCCGCGGCGAGCAGCGGCCGCGGCCCGAGAACGCGCUGCCGCUGCUGCAUGUGCUGCUGCUGGCCGGCUGCGCGGGCCUGUGGGGCCGCGCGCACGGACGGCCCGCCGACGCGCUCCUGGACGCGCUCGGCCUGUGGACGCUGACAGUGGCCACCUGCGGCUACGUGUUCGCGACGCUGGGCCUGGCGGCGGCGCACCACCACCCGCGCCUCUACCACGACGGCGACGAGCCGGUGGCCGAGCGCGACUGGGGCCUGCGCCAGCUGGACGCCGUCGGCGACCGGGCGGCCGUGCGCGGCAGUCCGCUGCUGGUGCUCACCACGUUCGGCGAUCACGGGCUGCACCACCUCUUCCCGACGGUCGACCACGGCCAGCUGGUGCACCUGCGCGGUGUGUUCGACGCCACCUGCGCCGAGUUCGGCGUCCGAUACCGCCACUUCUCGGCCUGGGAGCUGCUGCGCGGCCAGCACCAGCAGAUGGGCCGCACCCGGCCGCGGCCGUCCGACCUCAUGGCCGCACCGACUCCAGACGACAGCGGAUCAGCGCGGCAGGAGACCGGGGAGCGCGCCCCACACCGGCCGCCGGCCACUGUGGCCACUCUGCAGGCCAACUCCAACCAGUCCAGCUGCAUUUCCCAGUCUUGAUACCUGGAUCCCUCGCUGGAAGCAGGGAAAGUGAACACAUCGGCAGCAGCAGCAUGUCAGGAUUGGAACUUGACCGAGAAGGGCCCCGGUCCAUAGUCCGAGCCUUGGGUGGUAUCCCAAACAAUUGUUUUUAGUCUAUAAACAAAGUUUUUCUUCCCAUUUUUAUAGGUUAACAAUGUGGGUUUUGCCGCAAAUGUAGCUGAGUUUUCUCCGGCAUUGCUCCUAUAUUCGAGAGCGUGCUCUCUGAGUUAUCUCCACUGAGCGGCAGCCAACAGUAGCCAGCGCCGGGGGCACGGUCCUGUCGUCUCUCUGAGAUAUAUCUGCUGAGUGACAGUCAGCGCGCGGGGCAUGGACCCAUUUAUGGGAGCGGGGGCAUGGACCCAUUUAUGGCAUCGUUAACCAAUGUGGUGUUUACUGUGAAAUGAUUUAAGAUGACGUAUGUAAAUAAAAGGCCGCUCAACAAUUGGUCAGUCCUGCGGAGUUUUGUUGACGGGAGUAUUUCAGUUAAAUGCCUGCAACAUCAAGUAACGUGGAUACUGGGUUCAGGUGUUCCGUACGUUCGGUUAUAAUAUACUUAUAAUACAUGGACGAGGG